AUGUUUGAUCCAUCAAUGACUCCGACAGCAGCCCAAGAGAAAUUUCUCGCAAAUGUCAACAACAAACAGCGAUUUAUAACAAUGUUGUCUGGAAAACUGGAGCAGAGACAUUUAAACGCCGUGGAGGCAGAGGAUGAUGCUGAUCUCAUUAUCAAUACUGCAAUUGAAUUGACGAAUGAAAAUCGAAGUAUAAUUGUUGGGAAUGAUAUGCCUAGAAACUGUGUAAAAAAAUCUGCUGGGCCUUCAUAUACAUCUGAAGAUAUUAGAAGAGCUGUCGAGGAUGUCGCAAACAAAAAUAAAACCUAUAGAGCAGCUCAAGAGUUCUAUGGUGUUCCCAAAUCUGUUAUCUGUCAAAGACUUACUGGAAAAAGAAGAACCCCCAUUGUCCUAUCAGCAGAAGUUGAGAAUACUAUAGAGAAAUGUAUCCUUGCUCGAGCGGAAUACGGUUAUCCCUGCGGUAAAAAUGAGCUGCAGGACCUAGUCAAAACUUAUGUCGAGAGCAAAGAAUUACAAACUUCUUUUAAAAACAAUAGACCCGGAGACGAUUGGUAUUAUGAUUUUCUGAAAAUGCAUCCCGCCCUUUCAGUUAAAAAGCCUGAACUGUUACAAAAAUUACGUAAAGACGCACGAAAACCCGAAGUAGUUUAUAAUUUUUACGAAAUUCUGAGACAAACAUUAAUUAGCAAAGCCUGUUUUAUUUAUAACGCAGAUGAAAGUGGUUUUCCUAGUGACCCUAGUCGCAUUCGUGCAAUAGACCAAAAAGGUAGGCCACUUUGUAGAGUAUCAGGAGGUAGUGGUAGGGAAAAUACCACGGUGCUCGCUUGCAUUGGAGCCGAUGGAUCUGUUUUACCUCCGCUAGUCGUAUUCACGGGAGCCGCAGUUCAGCCAAGAUGGGUUUCAGAAAAAGAAUACCCUGGUACCCGUUAUACCACCUCAAGUAAUGGAUGGAUGGAGGAGCCGCAAUUCUUCCAUUGGUUCACCAGUACUUUUAUACCUCAUAUCCAAAAGGUACGGGAGGAGAAACUAUCGCUGACUCAGUAUGCUUUACUUAUUUUUGAUGGCCAUGCCAGCCAUAUGAGUGUGAGGAUCUUAGAAGAAGCCAUUAAUAACAACAUAAUUUUGAUCAAACUACCAAGCCAUUUGGCAGAUAGAUUACAGCCUUUAGAUAAGUGUGUAUUUGGACCUGUGAAGACAUGUUGGGAAAAAGAACUUAUUUCUCUAGGCGAAAAGAAAAUGGGUUCUGGCUCUGGCCGGUUAACUAAGGUAGAAUUUUCCGAGGUUCUUGGGACUGUUCGGAAAAAAUCUAUGACAUAUGAAAAUAUUAUUUCUGGAUUUAAAACAACAGGAAUAUUUCUUGUAGACAGCACCAAAUUUUCCAUAAGCGAAUUUACUGGAAAUAGUGUUGAUAGUACUCUUCAAGAACGAGAAAAGAUGCAGCCACCUAACGUCUCAUAUCUACAUUCCUGUUUUCAAGCGAUCAUAUCUUCCACAUCCCAAUCUAGCGCAACUGAUAUUUCAAAUCAACCUUUGGUGUUGCAAACCAGCCUACAACAAAUUGAUAUGUCUGAUGAACCGACCACUUCCCAAGUCAACACACACCAGAUGAUUGAUUCCCAAAACGCAACUCAAAAUACCAAUGUUUCAAAGAAACCUUCUGAUUUACAAAUCGCAGCUACAAAUGGAUCAGAAAUUGAGAAUCUCUUUUUUAAAAGAACUGAAUUGGAAGAUGUCGUACAACAAAAAACAACAAACGUUCGAUUAAAACAAAAGACUUAUAGUGAAGUACUUACAACAGAAGAUGUCUUGAAAAGACUUAAGGAGGCCGAAGAAAAGAAGCAGUUGAAAAAGAAACGUCCAAAAUUACAAAAUACAGAAACAAAAACGAUAAAGGUGAAAAAAUUAAAAAAACAAAAGUGGACUUUGACUGAAAAUGACAGUGAUAGUUCCUUGGAUGAAAAUGAUGAAGAUGAAAUUGACAUUAAGGCAUGCUAA